AUGUUCGUACAAUGGCUGGACUCCAUUCGGAACGAGGGGAUUUCAAAACAGCACGUCCAAAUGGGAAGAAAAAUAUAUACACACCUCAGAAUAAAUCAGGCAGCAAGAGAUAACCCAGGCGUUAAGAUAACCGCACUACGGGAAGCUUACGAAGAGCCUUGGAAAAAAGAUGAUCCAAUCGCGCAAGCCGUAAAUAAGGUAAAACGGAAACAGUCAGUAACACCGCCAAGUAAG